AUAACUGUUGACUUUUAAUUUGUAAUCAGAGAAUCCUGGCAAUGGAAAUCUAGGGUUUUUUCUGGGUUUACGAGAACUGAACUGAAGUGGAAAAUGUUAUUUGCUUUAACGAAAUAAUUUAGUCUUGUGCAACAUAAAAUUCUGUCAGUCAAGCAAAUAAAGGAAGAAAGCCUUAUUUAUAAAAUUGCCUGCUUCCGAUUUCAUUUCACUGCGUCUCAGGCUUCAGGAGGAAAAAAGAAUGAAGAUUUUCUUGCUUGGUAUUUUUCUAAUUUUUUAUAGUACCUCAGCCCGAGCCAAAGAUAAGCAUUAUUACAUUGGAAUUAUUGAGACAACUUGGAACUACGCCUCUGACAAUGGAGAAAAGAAGCUUAUUUCAGUUGACAAGGAACAUUCCGACAUCUAUCUUCAAAAUGGCCCCAACAGAAUUGGAAGAGUCUACAAGAAGGCCCUUUAUCUUCAGUACACAGAUGAAACCUUUAAAACGAUUAUAGAAAAACCUAUCUGGCUGGGGUUUUUAGGUCCUAUUAUCAAAGCUGAAACUGGAGAUAAAGUUUAUGUACAUUUUAAAAACUUCGCCUCUAGGCCCUAUACAUUUCAUGCACAUGGAAUGACUUACUAUAAGGAACAUGAGGGGGCCGUCUACCCUGAUAACACCACAGAUUUUCAAAAAGCAGGCAACAAAGUGCAGCCAGGUGAGCAGCAUACGUACAUACUGCAUGCCGACCCAGAACAAGGUCCCGGAGAGGAAGACAGCAAUUGUGUGACCAGGAUUUAUCAUUCCCACAUUGAUGCUCCAAGAGAUAUCGCCUCAGGACUCAUUGGACCUUUAAUACACUGUAAAAAAGAUUCUCUGGAUCAAGAAAAAGAAAAAAAUAUUGAUCAAGAGUUUGUGGUGAUGUUUUCUGUGGCGGAUGAAAAUUUCAGCUGGUACCUAGAAGACAACAUUAAAACCUACUGCUCUGAACCAGAAAAAGUUGACAAAGACAAUGAAGACUUCCAGGAGAGUAACAGAAUGUAUUCUGUGAAUGGUUACGCUUUUGGAAGUCUCCCAGGACUCUCCAUGUGUGCUGGGGACAGAGUAAAAUGGUACCUUUUUGGUAUGGGUAAUGAAAUUGAUGUGCAUGCAGCUUUCUUCCACGGGCAAGUGUUGACGAAUAAGAACUUCCGUAUUGACACAGUCAAUCUCUUUCCUGCUACCCUCUUUGAUGCUUUAAUGGUGGCCCAGAACCCUGGAGAAUGGAUGCUUAGCUGUCAGAAUCUAAACCAUCUGAAAGCUGGUUUGCAGGCCUUUUUCUCAGUACAAGACUGUAAGAGGCCCUCAUCUGAGGAUGACAUCCGUGGCAAACAUGUCAGACACUACUACAUUGCUGCGGAGGAAAUCAUCUGGAACUACGCACCCUCCGGCAUAGACAACUUCACCAAAGAAAGCCUAACAGCACCUGAAAGUGCUUCAGAAGUAUUUUUUGAACGUGGUUCUACAAGAAUUGGAGGCUCAUAUAAAAAGCUUGUUUAUCGUGAGUAUACAGAUGCCUCCUUCACAAAUCAAAAGGAGAGAGGCCCUGAGGAGGAACAUCUUGGCAUUCUGGGUCCUGUCAUUUGGGCAGAGGUGGAAGACACCAUCAGAGUCACCUUCCAUAACAAAGGAGCCCAUCCCCUCAGUAUUGAGCCGAUUGGUGUGAGAGUCAGCAAGAGCAACGAGGGCACACAUUACAGCUCCUCCAGUGGAAGUGUGCCUUCUUCUUCAGCGUCCUAUGUGGCACCCAAAGAAACAUUCAUCUAUGAAUGGACUGUCCCCGAAGAAGUGGGACCCACUUACAAAGAUCCUGUCUGUCUAGCUAAGAUGUACUAUUCUGCUGUGGAUCCCACCAAAGAUAUAUUUACUGGGCUGAUCGGGCCAAUGAAAAUAUGCAGGAAAGGAAGUUUACUUCCAAAUGGGAAACAGAAAGAUGUAGACAAGGAGUUCUAUUUGUUUCCCACAGUGUUUGAUGAGAAUGAGAGUUUACUCCUGGAUGAGAAUAUUAGAAUGUUUACAACAGAACCUGAUAAGGUGGAUAAGGAAAAUGAAGACUUUCAGGAGUCAAAUAAGAUGCACUCCAUGAAUGGAUUCAUGUACGGGAAUCAGCCUGGUCUCAAUAUGUGCCAAGGAGAUUCAGUCGUGUGGUAUUUAUUCAGUGCUGGAAAUGAGGCCGAUGUACACGGGAUCUACUUUUCAGGAAACACUUACCUGUCAAGAGACGGGAUGAGAGACACAGCCAACCUCUUCCCUCAAACGAGCCUUACACUCCUCAUGCAGCCUGACACUGAAGGGACUUUUGAUAUUGAGUGCCUCACGACUGAUCACUACACAGGCGGCAUGAAGCAAAAAUACAUGGUGAACCAGUGCCGACGGCCGUCUAAGAGUUCAUACCUCUACCUGGGGAAGAGGACCUACUACAUUGCAGCGGUGGAGGUGGAGUGGGAUUAUUCCCCAAGCAGGGAAUGGGAAAAGGAGCUGCACCAUUUACAAGAACUGAAUGUUCCGAAUGCAUUUUUAGAUAAGGAAGAAUACUACAUAGGCUCCAAGUACAAGAAAGUCGUGUAUCGGCAGUACACUGACAGCACGUUCAGCGUUCCAGUGGAGAGGAAAGCAGAAGAGGAACAUCUGGGAAUUCUAGGUCCUCAGCUUCACGCAGAUGUUGGAGACAAAGUCAAUAUUAUCUUUAAAAACAUGGCCACAAGGCCCUACUCAAUACAUGCCCAUGGGGUGAAAACGGAGAGUUCUACAGUUACUCCAACCUCACCAGGUGAAAUUCGCACUUACAUAUGGAAAAUCCCAGAAAGAUCUGGAGCUGGAAUAGGUGAUUCUGCUUGUAUUCCAUGGGCUUACUAUUCAACUGUGGAUCGGGUUAAGGAUCUCUACAGUGGAUUAAUUGGUCCACUGAUUGUUUGUCGGAAAUCUUACUUGAAAGUAUUCAAUCCCAUAAAGAAACCGGAAUUUUCCCUUCUGUUUCUUGUUUUUGAUGAGAAUGAAUCUUGGUACUUAGAUGACAACAUCAAAACAUACUCUGACCACCCUGAGAAAGUAGACAAAGCCAAUGAUGAAUUCAUAGAAAGCAAUAAAAUGCAUGCUAUUAAUGGAAGAAUGUUUGGGAACCUGCAAGGCCUCACAAUGCACGUGGGAGAUGAAGUCAACUGGUAUCUGAUGGGAAUGGGCAACGAAAUAGACUUGCACUCAGUACAUUUCCAUGGCCACAGCUUCCAAUAUCAGCACAGGGGCAUCUAUAGUUCUGACGUCUUUGACGUUUUCCCUGGGACAUACCAAACCUUAGAAAUGUCUCCAAGAACACCUGGAACCUGGUUACUCCACUGCCAUGUGACUGACCACAUUCACGCUGGAAUGGAAACUACUUACACCGUUCUACCAAAUGCAGAGACCAAGUCUGGCUGAAAGAAAUAAAUUGGUGAUAAGUGAAAAAAAAGAAAAAACAAUGAUUCAUAACAAUAUAUGUGAAAGUGUUUAACAGAAUGCUUACUUUGGAAUGGUGAUAAGCAUUAAAAAAAAGACUGAAAUAUACACUUUUGUGCAUUUGUGGGGAAAACUGUGUUAUACUGUUUCAUAUGAAAGGAUCAACAGGCUGUAUUGUGGCACAUGACUGACUCUAGUACACUUGGUAAUACAAUUGAUCAGCAUAGGCCGUUCAUAUCACCACUGUUAUGGCCUUACAAAACUGUAUUUAAGAAAAAAAUCUAUGACCAGAUGUUGCCCUGGACAGUCCUCAAAGGAUCACUACUGAGAUUCAAUGAAGUGUUUCCCAACUUUGACUUCCCGUCAGUCCCUCUAACAUGCUGCUGACAUUAUUCCUAAAGAACCAAUGGACCUGGGGGCACAGGUGUAGAGGAAGUAAAAUAAAAAAUAGCACUAAAAUAAGAUAAAAUAUUAAUAAUAAAAUUUCAAAAAUAAAAGUUUAAAUUGAAAAAAUCUUUAAAUGAAAAAUAAAAUAAAAUAAAAUAAAAUAAAAUAAAAUAAAAUAAAAUAAAAUAAAAUGAUGUCAAUCUGAGUUUUGUGAACCCUUGAAGACAUGGUCAAAAGGAUGUUAAUCUGAAACUGGAGAGAGGCAGAGUUACGAAACAAAUCUAUAAAUUAAAUCCUGGUAAAGAUGAGAGUUGCCAUUAGGAGAUAAGUUUUCAAAAUAUGGUUGUGAAAACACCAGGUGAGUAGCAUUUUUGCCCAGCCUUAACCAAAGUCUAAGCACACCAUCAGUGAGCUGAACUUGGACUCAAAAUCGUUUAAUAAGAGGCUAAAAAAGAAAACAUAGUUCUUUAUACUUCUUUAUUUUCACAUAAACUCUAGCUAAGAGCAAGAGUACACAUCAACAAAAAAUGGCAACAGGGCUUUGGCUGAAAAACAUGCAUUCAACAAAUCACGUUAAUAGCCAGACAAGAAGAAAGUUAGCUUUGUAAACGUCUAUCUCAUUUGAUACAGAGAGUAACACAGCAGUUACCUUUAAAAGUAACAUGAAAAUAAAGUUUGAAAUCUUCUACUGUGGGGACACAUUAACAUCUUUCUCAAAGAAUAUUAGUUUUUAAAAAAGUGACCCGAGAAAUCUGGAAAAAAUCAAGACAGUUAAAUUCUAGGCCACUUGGAGUGACAUUCUUUCGAGCAUACUUACAAAAUGUUUGUGUCCCCGGGAUGAUAAAGAUUGUCGUGUCUCCAGCAACAGUGAAUUGAUGUUCCCUGGUAUAAAAGUCAGUCUCUACCUUUAAAAAUACACGCCUUCUUUGAGGAAAUUCUUAUGUCUUGUAGCUUUUUUACAUUCUGGACAAUGAAAUGGAUUCAGGUCAUAAAUUAUGAAGCUAAUAAUACCACUAUGGUAUGCAGCCUGAAAGCACUUGCCAUAUAUGUCCAUAUUCAAUAUAAAAAUGCUUGAUUUGUGUUUUUUAUCUAGCAUUCAAUUUUCAAAAAUUCAGUCUCAUAAGCCAUUGUGGUAUUUUUCAAAUGAUACCUUCAAGUCAAUGAUUUCUUUCGACUGCAGUAGAGAAGAUAUGGCAGGAAAAAUGCUGCCGUGCCAUCUUCUGGGAGGACGUUUAAGAAAUCCCUUAGUUCUAGUUCCACAGCAACAAUGGACAAUGUUUCUGUUUGUAGGAAAGAAUAUCUGAGUUAGAACUGAUUUUCUGUCUUUCAUCUGAUUCUCUUAAUCACUCAACCAAUUAGAGGCUGAUUCAGGUGACAAAAUGUUAUAAGAGAAAGGGAGAAAAAAAACAGUGUCUUAAAUCCACAGACUGCUUUAUAGUCCUAACAACUUAUUUUUUCUUUCUAGAAUCCGUUGAAGUUUAUUUUAUACUAGCCCCAUGCAAUUUUUACUUACGAUUUCUUUGCUGGAGUAUUUAUUACAUUAUUUAUCAAUAGAUUCCUAUUACCCUCUAAAGAAAAACAAUCAAUUGACUACUGUUUUUACUGUUAGGAGUAUACUUGCAGCUAAUUUAUAAAGACUUCGCUAGGAUAGGAAAUACUAUUAAUUGUUGGAUGACAUUCUCCUCAAUCAGUUCCUCUCUGUUAUAAGAUUUUCAUGUUAUUAAUAAGCACAAAUCUGUUUUCAAAACCAUUUACUUUUUUUCAAACUGCAAAGUAAUGUGUUCUAAUGAACAUUUUAAAUAUUAAGAAAUUCAGUAAACAUUUUUGUAAAGAUAACUAUGUAAUUUUUAUUCUAUUGCUUCUUGAUACAUACAUGCUGCCCUCUGCUGGGAAGAGAAGGGGUGACACUUAAGAACAAUGUUGUCAGUAAACAUUCUUUGGUGCCAA